UCUGAAUCGAUUUAAAUUGAUAUUGAUGGGUCGUAACUAGAUCACAUUUAGUUAGCCCUAAUAUAGUUCUUAGUACUUGUAAAUACUACUCAGACACGGCUUGUUCGGAAUCCCCAUCUUAAUCCGAAUGAAGUCUUCUUGUUUCUCUGUCUGUCAAUAUACCAUCGCAUCUCCAUGUCCAUACUCACUACCCUCGUGUUAGAAAAUGCGAUCAACAUGAAGGAUGUCUUGGGGGCCAUGCCUGGAUUUAUUUUUAAUUCUGACUGUGCACCAUCCAACGAGGCUGUUCAGCGAGUGCCCAAGCGUAUCUUCCGAAUCCCCUCGACUAAAAGACUUGGCAAUUGAAACCCGCCCAAUCGAACGGGGUCACUCCACAUUCAUCCGAGUGAAAAUGUUCCUCAGGGUUCGGCGCAGACACGGAGUCCGAGCCCAUUGCUCAGCAAAUCACCAAUCGAUCUUUCUCCCUCCUUCCCCACAAUGCAAAAGGUGGGAUCUUUGGAAGAAGUACCUCGCACGGCGUACUGACAACGGACAUUUUCUGCAUCAGGCUGAGCUUAUAGAGCUUAGUAGCGGAUGACAUGGACGGCUAUGAUUUGUGUUGCGCACAGCCUCCACCAGGUUUCUCUUAGCUUAUGCUUUUUCCCUGAUUGGGCACGUCGAAUGAAUGGAAGUGUAAUCCAUUACCUU